GGAGGGAGGGAGGAAGGGAAGUGUAAGCCAGUCACAGCAUCUCUCCUUCUCACUGCACCAGGGCUGAGGGAGUCUUCGUCCCUUUGCUUCCCUCGCUGCAGAUUUUACCCAUUUCCAUCAGCGCAGUCAUCUUUUUUUUUUUCUUGCUUUUUGCUUGCAGCUUUUGACAGAUACAUUGAAUUCAUCUCCUUUUGUAUACCAGGAUCCAAGGAUUUAUCUAUGAUUAACAUUUUGUCCUGUUUAACGGAAUCUAAAGGGGACCUUUGCAGAGGACAGUGCUUCAGACUGGGACUCCUGCUGAGACUUCUUCUUUUCUUUAUGCUGCCAGAGUGGGUUCCCUUUUUUUGUUGCGCACCCUGUGUUUUGUUCAUGCUGCGAGACAUACUGAGGAGAAAGGAUACUGUAUAAUCCGUUACCUCUACAACAAACAAACAAACAAAAAGAGCUCGUACUGGACAGACCUAAUGCAAGUUACAAAAUCUUUGGUUGCAUUAGACACUGUCGGAGAAAUUGCUUAACCUCUCCCUGCGAAUGCCUCAGAAUGUCACAGCAAUAAGUUUAUAGAAUAAAUGAACAAAUUGCCGAUUGAUCCCCUCAUCUCUCUUUGCAAGUAUCUGCCACAGGAUUGCUGAGGAGCCAAAGUGAGUGGAGCGCUGAGUUAUUCAGCUGGCCUCUCAUCAUUGCUCUUGGAGAGUCCUCUCAUCUGCCUGACAUUCAACGCUUUUAUCGGCUACAGGGCUUUUAUUUGUUUAUCGUUUGCAAAUUGCAUUCUAGAACACUGAGAGGCAAGUUUGCACAUUUGGAUUUAAACUUUACAUCACUUAAAUGGCUGAACCCAUUCAGACAUUUUUUGUGUUGUUACCUCAUUCUGCCCGGGGACACGAUGCAUUCAAUUAAAUGCAUUAUCCCCCACAGCACCAUGUGUGUUGAGAGAGCUGUGACAUUAUCUCCUGUGGAGAUCCCCUUGUUUUUAUAGCCUGUGUCUGUAUUUUGAUUCAGACAAUAGCUGGGCACUCAUGAACUCCAGACACUGACCCGAGACCACGAAAAUAAGGGAAGCCUGCUGUAAUAUAUUAAACAUACUAGCACCCAUGGCACAGUGAAACUUUGGGUUGUAUUGAAGGUUUUAUUCACAAAGUUAAAUGUAAUUAUACACCAAGACAGAUGCCCAAGAAACUUUUUUCUCCCCUGAAGAGUAUUUGUUUGAAAAGCAAUUUGCUGCAUACAGUAACUGCCAUGUGAUAUAUUCCGUUCUUUGCAUCUUCUAUACUUCAUGCUUCCACUCUCCCAAUGGCAGCCCUCAUUAAACUUGGAAGAUGAAACCACUGACUGGCAGGAAAAGCAGCAGGGGAACUCACCUUUUGGAGAGAUACCAGCCACAAUGCUACCACUAUCCUGCCUUAGGUGUACCAAUGGAAUACAGUUUUUUGUCCUCUCUACUUCUGACUGUUACCCACCCACUACUUUCACUAACAAUGAGUGAUUGGAGCAGGAGAACUGAACGGGUUGUCUUCCUCUCCUAGAGCUGGUAUUGAUUUCCCUCAAGUCGGUGUGCAUUUGAUUGAGACCCAGCUAUGUGAAAGCAAGGCGAGAGAGACUGAAUGUGCAAGACAUGGUAUUGAGCUGUGUUAACUGAGAGUGGUUGCAGAUGCCCAAUAAAGAGCGGGAGGGGGCAGACAGUUCUCCAGUUUCAGGCCAGCUGCCUUAUGGGUGGCACAACACAAACCUGACCCACCUGGACAGCACCCAGAACAAUGAACCAGUCUGAAUUGACAACGGACCCGGUGCUCAUUGCCAACAGCAGCCAUGGAGACUUCUUCCCUGGAAGACCCUCCAACCACUCCUGUCCCCUGGGCUGGGGGCUGAAUGAAGGCCUAGAGACUUGUGUCCUGGAGACUGCUGUCAUUGUACUUCUGACAGCACUCAUCAUUGCAGGGAAUCUGACAGUGAUCUUUGUGUUCCACUGUGCCCCCCUACUUCAUCAUUACACCACCAGCUACUUCAUCCAGACCAUGGCCUACGCUGAUCUGCUGGUGGGUCUCAGUUGCCUGGUGCCCACCCUGUCUCUGCUCCACUACCCAGCAGGUGUCCAGGAGCCCAUCACUUGUCAAGUUUUCAGUUAUGUUAUCUCUGUACUGAAGAGUGUUUCAAUGGCGUGCUUGGCCUGUAUCAGUGUGGACCGCUAUUUGGCCAUUACUAAACCACUAUCUUACAACCAGUUGGUGACGCCAUGCCGGUUGCGAGGCUGCAUCACCCUUAUAUGUGUCUACUCUAGCCUGGUUUUCUUGCCCUCUUUCUUUGGGUGGGGCAAGCCAGGAUAUCAUGGGGACAUUUUUGAGUGGUGCGCUCACUCGUGGCCGACCUCUGCCCUAUUUACAGGCUUUGUAGUGUGCCUGCUCUAUGCACCUGCUGCACUUGUGGUGUGUUUUACCUAUUACCAUAUAUUUCGCAUUUGCCAGCAGCACAACAGGGAGAUCAGUGAACGGAGGGCACGUUUCCCAAGCCAGGAGAUGGAGGCUGGUGAUGGGGGAGGCAGCAGUGGACAUCAGGGAGGGCAUGGACCAGAUCGUCGUUAUGCGAUGGUGCUCUUCCGCAUCACCAGUGUUUUUUACAUGCUUUGGCUCCCCUACAUAAUCUACUUUAUGCUAGAGAGCUCCCAUGUGCUGGAUAGCCCUGCACUUUCUUUCAUUACCACCUGGCUAGCCAUUAGCAACAGCUUUUGCAACUGUGUUAUCUACAGUCUUUCUAACAGUGUGUUCAGACUGGGCAUGCGUAGGCUCUCGCAAACAAUCUGCUCCUUCAGCCACUGUGCAGCGGAUGACAGGGAUUUUGUGGAGCCUAAACCAAGAAAGAGGGCAAAUUCAUGCUCCAUUUGAAGUAAUUCUGCAGGAUAUUGAACCCCUGGAAUCAAUGAAUGGGAAAUGUGAAUCUUAACGAGCUUAACAGCGUAUUAACUUUUAGUAAAAGUGGAAGGGCCUAACCGAAUGGACACUCUCUGUAACAGCCUGUUAGCUCACUGACACCUGUGACUUUAACUUGGUCACACUAAACCUCAGUUUAUUGCGUCAUAACAUUUCCAGGUUGAUGGUUGUAGCGUCUAAACAGAGAGUUGAUGGGAGUUUGGCAACGUGUGAUGGCUUUCUCUCAGUGUUAUGUGACAUGACUGAGUGUCAGACCUAAUGAGAGGGCAAACAUGUAAAUUGUAAAAGAUUAGCAAAAGUAUUUCCUUCGACAUUAAAUGUGACCUCCUUUUACCGGCCUGUUAUAUUUUAGUCUUUGUAAAUUUGUUUGACCUGCCACUGGAUGACUCCUAACUUUUUAUGACAUAUGUCAUUAGCAGAUACAAGAUAACUUGCAUACUUGAGCUCACAAAACUGUUAAAAGGAGAAAAGAGAGGGGGGGAAGAAAAUGUUUGUAUUAACCAUAUAAAUGCACAAAGCAAUGUGUUAACAGACAUUAUGUUGUUGAUAAAUAACAGGUGUUGUAUGGCCUUGACUGUUUUCUAUAGAAAAGCAAGCAGUCUUUUCUGCUUUUUGUAUUUUGUGUUGUGUUUGUGCACACAAUGACAGUCGGUGAGCAGAAGAUAGAGCCAAGAAAAAUUGACAUGAUGUACUGUCAGAUCUGCAGCCUUUAUAGAUAGAGUGAUGGAUUCGUCAGUAUGACAGUUGGGUGAAACUGGAUAAAGCUGUUACUCAGACCAUCUACACAAUAUACCACAUAAUCUAACAGUGUACAGCCAUUUUUAACAUUAAAUACCAGUAUUACACUUCAUAGGCACUUUGGCAAAAAAGAAAAUAUAUAUAUAUAUAUAUAUAAAAAAGUUUGAAUCCACCACACUGGAGGGAUUUAUAAAUCUCAACUGUAGUUGUAGUGAACUCAUAAUAUUUUAACACCCUGCAGACUGCACUAGUGUGACCAGUAUCAGAUUUUCUACAAAUGACUUGCUGCUUCUAUUGUUUACCAAUGUAAAUAUGCUGAUUAUUGUUAGUUGUGAAUUAGGUGGUGCACCCUUCCCAAAACAAAUGCACCUUAUUUCAAGCAUUCAGAUUUAGUAUGUAUUUGAAUUAGCCUGGUUUGAGACUAAGGCCUCUGUACGAAGGGCAGCGCAUUGAACUCUAUACAAAGACGUUAGUGUUGAGGGCAGUGAACUGAUGCUCUCAGCAAAAGACCACCCAGCACAGUGUGUUUUCUCCAAGGAUCCCCCAGUAUAAAAUGGUUUAUCAAAGCCCACAACUGGCAUGCAAUUCCUGAUAUGGCUGUUUUAUGAGUGUUCUGCUAGCAGUUUGAUUCACAAGUGCUCAUGACAGCCAUUUUCAACCAGUAACUGAAUAUUACAUUCGUCUUUCCUGUAAAUGGACAGCCAUGUGUACUACAAUAGGGAACACAUAAUUGGUCAAAUCUAAUCAAAACCAAAAUACUGUUAUAUUAUUAUUUAUUAAAUUGUUUUAAUUUGUAAACUUCCCUGUGUCAUAUACAGGUCAAUGAUAAGAAGUGUCUUUGCUGACCUAGAUACUAAUUUAGGUGCUUUUCAUCACUGACACCCUUAUCUGUUUUUGUAAAGAUGAUGAUGGUGGGUUUUAUUUCCUAGCAGCAGUUUACAGGGGCUCGGGUUAAUGUGACCCGAUCUGUCUGGAGGUUGCUGUGAGGUUGAAACGUAACUGAUCUGAAAUUACAUGCUUAGUUGUGAUAAAUGUUUAAGGCUAUCACUAGCUUAUCUUGUAUUGGUUUGUUGAACUACAGGCUGGACAAUGUUCUAUGUUACUAAUUUAGCCAAUUUGUCCUUAGCUCUGCCAGUUUAGUUAUUGACAUGAAAAUUUACUGAGCCUAGUUGGACAUCACCCUCAGCAUUUGUGGAACAAUAACAACUGACAAUUGAACAAUUGGAUUCGUAGCUGGUCUCAUGAAAUAUAAUCACUUGUCAUGAUGUUUGUAUCCAUACAAAAUAAUGAAGGGCAAAGUAUGGAUGUCCUUUGUGAAAUUUCUUCAAGCUUUUUUUGCUACAAGGAAGUUUAUUGUUCUCUUUUUAAGCUUGCAGACUGUUUCCCAAUCUGAUAGACAACAAGCAGAUGAACUGCUUUAGGCUAUGAUUCCCAUCUUUGCUCCAGCACAGUACUAUAGUCAUUCCAGUCAGUUUACCUUGUACAUUCCCUGAUCAUUGGAUCAAUGUCAAAUUGUAAUUCUUUUAAUAAGAAUACAGCCACGUAUUAUAGCCAAUGAUUUCUCUCUUUGCUCACACAGUAUUGUUGGUCAUGUGUGAUUUAGGCCUUGCUUGUUGUGUAUUUGUCCAUGCUAGAAACCAUGUGAUCCUCACCCGGUCCCUUGAUAUUGUAACUGUUGUUCCAUUCAAUGCUGCUUACCAAUAUACCCAGUGCGAGUCAUUUUAAAGCUGCAUUAAGUGAUGAUCUUUAAAACCGAAAAGAAACAGAGCUACAGUACAUGGGCAUUUUAGAAGAGUCUGUCUGACCACCUUUGUGAAUGUAAGUAAAAAAUUUAAGCCAACAGAACCGGGUUAUUCACAUACUCUACUUUCUUCACCAGCCACUUGUUAAUUAACUCUUUGUAAUUUUGCAUGAGAUUUUAAACCUAUAGUCAACAUGAAAUGGUCACAUGCUGUGAGUGGCUGCCCAAGUCAUUGUUUUGGUUUUUCUUGGUUCAGACGACUAGGAUAACCAAAAGAGUGUGGUCGAAGCAGCUAUUACAUAAAGCCUGCUGAAACGGAUGUUGAUUCUCAGAAAGAUUUGUCAUCCUUUAACAUACUGUAAUUAGGAUUUAUUUGAUUCAGGGUUUGAAUCAAAACAUUGCUUCAUGCAGCUUUAAUGCAGUACAGAUUUUUCUGUAUAUGUGCCUAAAGAUGUAUUUUGUAGGAAAAGUGAACAAAAGUGUUGAAGUAAUUUAUUUUCCAUGGACAUGCUGCACUUUUUAAAAAAACAUUUUUCCAUCACCAUGAAAAUAUCUUGUGAAUAUGAACAUUGUCAUUUUAAUUCAUUUUCACUGACUGUGAAUAGUUCAGAGGGUUUUCCACUUUGACCAACAACGGGUCAAUCAUUAAUUUACCUCAGUCUUGUGAAUUCCCUUUUUUACUCUCAUGAACUGUCAUAUAAGAAGAAUUACACUAGGAAAACACACAAUUUAGCCAUGUAAAAUAUUGCAUUUAUAGUUAUUAUUUAAACAGCUUGUGGUUUUGUCCUCCUUUUGAAGUAGAGUGCAGUGAGGUGGUAGCUACAAUUUAAAGGAUCUCAAUUAGCGCUAUUAUCUUCACAGUUUGGUGACAUACAAUUAUAACAACAUAUAAAUAUCAGAGAAGACUAAAUUCUAUAGUUAUUACAGUAAAAUAGCUCAGUUAAUGUAAAAGUUAAAAUUUUCCAUUACAAUGGAGAUCGCAUUGGUCACAAAUUGCAAAAAAUAUUCCGUCAUUAGUUUGGUGUUAAUUGUAGCAGGUUUUGUGCGGUACAUGUUUUAGCACAGGGUCUCAAAAAUGCAAGAACCAUUGAAUGGAUAUUUAUAAAAAAAGAAAAAUGUUGUUUAUGUGUCUGUACUACACUGACCAAACUGAUGUGUUAGAGAAUCAAAACUGUUCAACAAAGUUGUCCUACUUUGAAGUGCAAUGAUAGGGAAUUUUAUUUCAGAGGGAGUAGUAAAGAGUUUAAUUACAGGUCAGUACAGUACAUGUGUUUAUUUAUUAAAUUAUGUUUAUACCUUUACACAAUAUACUGUAUAUGAGUAUACUCGAUGUAAAGUGUGUGUAUCUGUUUUUGAUCUGCUGUACAGCCCAAAAAAAAUCUGACAAAGGUAUGGCACACCCAUUUGUGUUCAAUCAACUAGGCUGCUAAUGUUUUGAUUAGGAUGCAGAGAGUGUUAAAUUACACAGUAUCUAUUUUUUUAUUUUGAAAUUUGUCAGAGGCUAUGGAUUUGCUGUUGCUGCCAACCCAAUAAAGGUAAAAAAUAGUCUA